CGGAGAGUGUUUACGUCCGUCGGGCUCGCCGCGUCGCCGCCCGAGGUCGUUCGGUCUGCCUGUCCCACGCCAUGGACACCAGCGAGCUGUUUGCCAGCUGCAAGAGGGGGGAUGUGGGCCGAGUGCGGUACCUGCUGGAGCAGCGCGACGUGGAGGUGAACGUGCGUGACAAGUGGGACAGGGGCCCGCUGUGAGGCCAACACCUUCGAUGGCGAGCGCUGUCUGUACGGGGCGCUGAGUGACGCCAUCCGCCGGGCUCUGCGGGACUACAAGCAGGUCACGGCCUCUUGCAGGCGGCGCGACUACUACGAUGAUUUCCUGCAGCGGCUUCUGGAGCAGGCUGUCCACAGCGACGUGGUCUUCGUGGUGCGUGGGCGGCCGUUCCGGGCCCAUCGCUGUGUCCUGGGGGCACGCAGUGCCUACUUUGCCCGCAUGCUGGACACCAAGUGGCGGCCGCUUGGACGUGGGCGUGGAACACGUGGGUGACUGCGAGCGACUGGCCAAGCAGUGCCAGCUGUGGGACCUGCUCGGGGCCCUGGAGGCCAAGUGCGAGAAGGUGUCUGAGUUCGCGGCCCGGCAGGAGACGGACUCCAUCCCGCUGGUGGACGACAUCCGCUUCCACGUGGCCAGCUCGGUGCAGGCCUAUAGUGCCAUCGAGGAGGCCCAGCAGCAGCUGCGGGCACUCGAGGACCUGCUCGUGUCCCUCGGCCUGGACUGUUGAGCCCGCCCUGCGCCACGCACCACUCAGGGACCCCGAGCGGGCCGGCACGCCGGCUCGCCCAUCUGCUGCCCAGGCCCCAGCCAGGCGGGGGCUCCCGGAGAGCCCGCGUGUGGCAAUAAAGCUUCACCCAGCACAGUGUCA